GAACAAGCUACUCAGACUAAGAGAUACUUAUCGGACUCUGAACCUAUGAGAGAAGCAAACACUUCUUUGCAGGAAUUUUUUACCACGUCUAAGGAAUUCUCUCAAGUGUUAUCUACAGCUUCGAUAUUCAAGAACCCCUUUACAUCUAGCUGUGCCCAGAAAUCUAAAGCUUCUGAAUCCUACAAGGAGCAGCCAGAUACAUCUGUCAAAGUACAAGAAUCGAACUUGAAGAGCUCCAGAAGGGUUACUAGAGCGUUGGCUCGUUCUUCUCAAACUUCUUCCAUU